AAACUGGAACUGUAUGAGCUCAUAUGGGUAACCGACCACUUGGGUUUCCGUCCACUUUGCCAAAAACCCUCGCUGAUUCGUCCAUUGCAUCUGUCUCUCUCUCUCUCUCUUUCUGCAAAUCCGGCGAGAACCCUAAUCGAGGCAAGUUUUCUGCGCUGGUCGUGUUCUAUUUUGCUGUCAAUGGCGGAAGAAACGAGCGCGGCCAAGUUGCCCAUCCCGGGCAAAAGAAACAUACUCAUCACAAGCGCUUUGCCUUACGUGAACAAUGUUCCUCAUCUCGGCAACAUCAUCGGAUGUGUUCUAAGUGCUGAUGUAUAUGCUAGAUAUUGCCGCCUUCGUGGCUAUAAUGCCAUAUACAUAUGCGGGACGGAUGAAUAUGGGACCGCGACAGAGACCAAAGCUUUGGAGGAGAAUUGCAGCCCAAAGGAGAUAUGUGACAAGUACCAUGCCAUUCAUAAAGAAGUUUACGAGUGGUUCGAUAUACUUUUUGACAAAUUUGGGCGAACUUCAACUCCCCAACAGACAGAAGUUUGCCAGGCAAUUUUCAAGAAAUUGUUGGAGAACAACUGGUUAUCGGAGAACACCAUGCAACAGCUUUACUGCGAGACAUGCAAGAAGUUCUUAGCUGACCGGCUCGUUGAGGGUACCUGUCCAUUUGAAGGCUGCAAUGAUGGUUCUGCCAGGGGAGAUCAGUGUGACACUUGUGGAAAGCUCCUGAAUCCUACUGAAUUAAAAGAUCCCAAAUGCAAGGUCUGCCGAGCCACUCCACAUAUCCGUGAUACAGACCACCUGUUUCUUGAGCUUCCUUUACUGAAAGAUAAAUUGGAAGAGUAUAUCAACAAAACAUCUGUUGCUGGAUCAUGGAGUCAAAAUGCUAUUCAAAUAACAAAUUCAUGGCUAAAGGAAGGACUGAAGCAGAGAUGCAUUACACGGGACCUAAAAUGGGGUGUUCCUGUUCCACUUGAAAAAUAUAAAGACAAGGUCUUUUACGUUUGGUUUGAUGCUCCUAUCGGAUAUGUUUCAAUAACAUCAUGCUACACAUCUGAAUGGGAGAAGUGGUGGAAGAAUCCUGAGAAUGUGGAGCUCUAUCAAUUUAUGGGUAAAGACAAUGUGCCAUUUCACACUGUGAUGUUUCCUUCUACGCAGCUGGGAACUGGGGAAAAUUGGACACUGAUGAAGACUAUCAGUGUUACCGAAUAUCUGAAUUAUGAAGCUGGAAAAUUCUCCAAGAGUAAAGGUGUUGGAGUGUUUGGUAAUGAUGCAAAAGAUACAAAUAUUCCUGUGGAAGUGUGGAGAUAUUACUUACUGACUAACAGGCCUGAGGUCUCUGACACACAAUUUACAUGGGAUGAUUUGCAAGCAAAAUUGAACGGCGAGUUGCUGAACAAUUUAGGCAACUUCAUCAAUCGUGUUCUGAGUUUUAUCGCUAAGCCUGCAGGCCAAGGUUAUGGAUCUGUCAUUCCUGAUGCUCCUGGGGCUGAAUCACAUCCGUUGACUAUUUCACUGGCUGAAAAGGUUGGAAAACUCGUAGAUCAGUAUGUUGAAGCCAUGGAGAAGGUUAAGCUAAAGCAGGGACUGAAGACUGCAAUGAGCAUUUCAAGCGAAGGGAAUGCAUACUUGCAGGAAAGCCAAUUCUGGAAACUUUACAAGCAAGACCAACCUUCCUGCGCAAUUGUCAUGAGAACUGCUGCCGGUUUAGUAAAUAUUCUUGCCCGGCUGUUAGAACCUUUCAUGCCAUCCUUUUCUCGCGAGGUAUUUAAGCAGCUUAAUGUGCCUCCACAAUUUUCGCUCUCUGACGAGAAUGGAGACAUGUUGAAAGCGAGUAAGCCUUGGGAGAUUCUUCCUCCCAACCACAAGAUGGGCACUCCUCAACCAUUGUUCAAGGAACUGAAAGAUGAGGAAGUUCAACAAUACAGAGAAAAGUUUGCUGGGAGUCAAGACGAUAGACGUGUGAGGGAAGCAGAGGCAGCAAAUAUGGCCGAGCAGCUAAAGAAAACGAAGAUAUCAGAUGGCAAGAAACAGAAGCCGUCAAAAGCCAGCGGAGAAGCCAAAGCCAAAGCCAAGCCCAAGCCGACUGAAGAACCCGAGAUUACCAUCACAAGACUCGAUAUACGAGUUGGAAAGAUCGUGAAGGCUCAGAAACAUCCUGAUGCAGAUUCGUUAUAUGUGGAAGAAAUCGAUGUCGGAGAAGAGAAACCUCGAACUGUUGUUAGUGGACUUGUCAAGCAUAUACCUCUCGAGGAAAUGCAGAACCGCAUGGUUUGUGUUCUCUGCAACUUAAAGCCGGCAAAAAUGAGAGGAAUUCAAUCACAAGCAAUGGUUCUUGCAGCUUCCAACAGCGAUGACAGCAAGGUCGAGUUAGUUGAGCCGCCUGAAUCUUCUAAGAUCGGAGAGAGGGUGACAUUCCCGGGUUUCGAAGGAGAACCAGACGAUGUCCUGAACCCGAAGAAGAAAGUCUGGGAGACGUUGCAGCCUGAUUUACGCACCGAUGACAAUCUCGUUGCCCGUUUUAAAGAUUUGGCCUUCACCACAUCUGCUGGAAUCUGCAAAGUCUCAUCCAUCAAAUCUGGCAAAAUCAGAUAAGAGCUUCUGCAAACAUCAUCACCAUCACCGAGGUUGAACAACCUGAUUUCAUGAGGAAAUAAAUUUGAAAGAUUGCACAUGUUUUGGCUUUUGGUUUCCUGCAACAUAUUUUGGGAAGAGUUUGCUUUCUGGAGAUUCUGUACGUUAGAGUUUUGAGACAAUGAGAAUUCUUGUUGCAUGCAUGUCUCAAUGCGCUAAAUCAUUACGAUGUCGCCCAUAUUGACUUAGUAGAUGGUCAUACUUCCAUACA